AAUAUGUUUUGAAAAGCGGCGCGUUUGAAUGUUUUGAAUUUUACUACGUGAAUGUUUGUGAUCCAUAUAUGACUGAACUUUUAUUCAAUCAGUAGGCCACGACUGCCUAACUCAUCGCUAACUAAGGCUACCAAUAACAAAUAAUUCUUGCAAGAUGAAUACAGAAAAUCGUGUUCUCACAGAUGCUACUGCUAGUUCCCAGCAAAGAUCGAUUCCCAGACCGAGUCGGCUAAGACCCCCAGGCUCAGGCUCGCGGAUCAAACCUCCGGGGUCAGGUAUGAGACCCCCUGGGACAGGUAUAAAACCUCCCAGUGCAGGAGAAAGACCACCGAUAUAUGGCCUAGUAAAAGGAAAACCUCAAUCAGCGGGCAUCAAGCGGUCUGUCUCCACAUCGUGUCUUGCUGAGAACCGAUCAAAUGACUCACACAAGCGACAGAGGGUUGGUUCACCACCCGGAACAAAGCACGGUACAGGAAGACCAGCCCCACAGACUAGACACACUUCUAUGAAAGCAACCGUAAGGGCUACCGCACCCACGGCAGGCAAACCUCCAUCAGGCAGGCUGGCAUCAACAGCACCACCUGCUAACAUGGGACCUUCAGCACCAGGAGGCAAAAGCAAGCGUGCUGCCUGGGACUUAAAGGGUCGAUUGCUAGACAUGGAGGCAGUUUUGAAUGCUAAUACAUCUCGGCUCGUGGUGCUGGAGUCGACAAACAUACAACUGGAAGGAACGGUGAAGGAAAAGGAGAUCGUCUCGACAGAGAUCAGUCUGGAGGCCGAGGGACUGCGAAAGAAGCUGAAAAAAGCUGAGACGGAACUGGAAAGUAUUCAGCACAACUACAAGUCUCUCCAGCACAAAUUUCACACGUCAGAGGAAGAGAGGGAGAGUGCUCAAGCGCAGGCCACGAGUCUGCGCUCCUCUGUGACCCAGUUGACUGCUGCACAGGCCGGCAUAUCUGUUGAACUACAGGCCACAAAGAUGGGCUUCGAGCAGAAAGUAAGUGAGAGCCAGAAGCUGCAGGCGGAGAUCGCCGAGCUUCGGAAGCUGCUAGCCGAGCGAGAAGCCACGGUCCGCGCCGGCGAGCAGAAGAUUCGAGAGGAUGAGGCCGUGCGCAGAGCGCUUCACAACACGAUACAGGAGCUAAAGGGAAAUAUUCGCGUGAUUUGUCGCGUCAGGCCAUUGCUGCCCUUCGAGAACAGCAACGGCGAAGACUCGGAAAUCCAUCACAUAAACUUCCCCAGGGGGGACGCCACUAAGCUAGAACUCGAGAAGCUGAUCGAUGGCAACCCUAACGAGAGCACGAUGAGCACAGCGAGCACUCGAGGAGGAGGCAAAUAUCAGUUCCUAUUUGACAAAGUCUUCACUCCGGCGUCCAGCCAGCAAGAGGUCUUUGACGAGAUUUCCCAGUUGGUGCAGUCUGCUCUGGACGGGUACAACGUGUGCAUCUUCGCGUACGGGCAGACGGGCUCCGGCAAGACGUACACGAUGGAGGGACCCGACCACCCGGACGACACCAGCGUGGGCAUGAUUCCCCGCGCCGUCAUGCAGGUGUUCCGUUCAGCCAAGGCGCUGCAGGACAAGGGCUGGCAGUACGACAUGUCGGCGUCAUUCAUGGAGAUCUACAACGAGUCGCUGCGGGAUCUGCUGAGCGCAGACGGCAAGGAGCAGAAGCACGACAUCCGACUGAAGAAAGCCGACAACGACGUCGAAGUGUCGAACAUGAUCGUCGUCAACGUCGCGGGAGAGGCGGAGGUGUACAAGCUGUUGAAGAUGGCAUCACGCAACAGAGUGGUAGCUGCCACAAAUUGCAACGAACGCUCUUCGCGCAGUCACUCUGUGUUCCGCAUGCGGCUGAUCGGCAAGAAUAGCCUGACCGACGAGAGCUGUAACGGUGUACCUCCCUGGCCCCAGCUGAGACGACUAAAGGAGAGCGGGUCAGAGGGUAAGCGACUGGAGGAGACGAAGAAUAUCAACAAGAGCCUCAGCACGCUAGGUCAGGUCAUCCUCGCCCUUGCUAACAAGGACACACAUGUGCCAUACAGGAACUCAAAGUUGACCUUCCUGCUGCAAAACUCACUCGGUGGCAACUCAAAAACACUCAUGUUUGUCAACGUGUCGCCCAAGGAGGAGCAUUUCAACGAGACUCUGAAUUCACUCAGGUUUGCCACGAAGGUGAAUAACUGCAAUAUUGGAACUGCCAGGAAGAAAGUGUGAUUUUGCAGCAGUUACUGGACACAUCGAGACUCACGAACAUGUAUAUUUUGGCAGACUGCAAAGUCUGUGUGUACGCUAUGCAACAAGCCAAGAAAUGCCAGCCAUGGUCGGAUAUGUGCAAUUCGCACAGACGAAUGGCUGCAAAAUUAAAGUCGCAUAUUGAUCCUUUGCUGUUAUGAGACUCAUCGUUUUGUAAAACACGUUAUUUAAAGGUUGCAGUUCAUGUCUCUCACGCUUGACUAUAUAUAUAUGUUUUCUAGUGUGUAGUAGGAUGUUUUCCCGCAGUUAGCAGCAUUUACGUAUUCAGUCUAUAUGACCAUUUUAAUUACUAGGUUGGCCACUCAAACUGGAGGUGCUUGGUACGCUAGUCUUUUAUACGUUUCUUUACACUGUGCUGUAAUGUGUGUUAUCUGUAGUGGAUUGGUUUUUAGUUCGUGUGCAUAUAUUAUGGAAGAUGAUUGCAGUGGUGACGUUAGAUCUUGUAUUGGAAAUGUGGAAAAUUAUCGCUGUGUAUUUCCCUUCCCUUCAGUUAUUACGCUUUUUAAGAUUUUCUCUGUCUACCCAGAUUUAUAUGUAUACUUGGAAACGAGCUGUUAAAAUGGCUGUGAAGUUCGUCAACAUUUUCUUCUUCCCCUGCUUAGAAUUUGGUGAAUAUUAUUAUUAAUUAUAGAUCUGUGGCUGAUUGUUGCACGAGGAUGAGUUUUGUUGGACGUCAAUUAUUGUGACAACGUUAAAACGGUAUGAUUUUGUAAAACAAUAAUUGAAACUGAUUCUCAAACCAGAAGUGUUACACAUUUCUAUGAAUGCCAAGAAAAUAAAUCCAUUCUUUUCCAUAGUCAA